UCGUUAGGUUUCGGUUGAAGUUGACUACUAUUGCCAUACAUUCACUCACCGGUCCGGCACACCUUCAGCUUCUCUUAUCUAAGAGGGCGUGUCCGAAACGAGUCUAGUAAGGCAGACUCACCUCAGAUCAUUACAAGCAGCACAGAGGUGUAAAAUGGGCAAAGCAGGUGGACGCUGGGACUUUGAAUGGGUCUACAAUGAGCAGCCGCACACAUGGAGAAGAAAAGAAAUUUUAGCAAAGUAUCCAGAAAUCAAGUCUUUGAUGGGUCACGACCCCCAGCUGAAAUGGGUCGUGUCAGGAAUGGUAUUCACCCAGCUCCUGGCAUGUUACAUGGUCCAUGACCUCUCCUGGAAGUGGGUGCUGUUUUGGGCGUACGCGUUCGGUGGCUGCAUCAAUCACUCUCUGACUCUAGCCAUCCAUGACAUUUCACACAACGUGGCUUUUGGUAACAAACAGGCACGCUGUAACCGCUGGUUUGCCAUGUUCGCCAAUCUGCCCAUCGGCCUGCCUUACUCCGCUUCCUUCAAGAAGUACCACAUCGAUCACCACCGCUAUCUCGGAGGAGAUGGCUUGGACGUCGACAUUGCCACCGACAUCGAGGGCUGGUUCUUCUGCACCCCAGUAAGGAAGGUGGUGUGGCUCUUUCUUCAGCCUCUGUUUUAUGCGCUCCGCCCCUUGAUCGUGAACCCCAAACCUGUGACCAAGCUGGAGAUGAUGAAUGCGCUCGUGCAGUUUGUGGUGGACAUUAUCAUCUACUAUUUCUGGGGUCUGAAGCCUAUCGUGUAUCUCAUCGCUGGUUCUAUACUGUGCAUGGGCCUACACCCCAUCUCUGGACACUUCAUUGCCGAGCACUACAUGUUCUUCAAAGGUCACGAAACCUACUCUUACUACGGCCCUCUCAACUACAUCACCUUCAAUGUGGGAUACCAUAUGGAGCACCAUGACUUCCCCAGCAUUCCUGGCAGCAAAUUACCUGAGGUCAAGAGAAUCGCAGCAGAGUAUUACGACUCACUGCCUCAACACACUUCCUGGAUACGAGUGCUUUGGGACUUUGUGUUUGAUGAUAGCAUCGGGCCCUAUGCCAGAAUCAAGAGACAAUACAAACUUGGCAAAAAGGAAUAAAACCGGUAGAUUACAUAUGUAACCGAACAUGACACGGAAGUAUUUGUACAAAGUGCUAGACUAAAACAGAAACCUGCAAUUGAAACAUAAUAGGCACUUGCAGACCUUUAGCGGUUGCUUGAGAACAAAACCGUCACAUGGUGAACCAUAACAGCUAGAUGCACCUGCAAACACUAUUUUACAAACAACAAUUUCCUUAUACAGAAUUAUCCUCGGAGGAUAAGGGGUUAAUUGACUCUAGUUCAUUUAAGUAUAUUUCCUGGAAUUCUGAUUAUUACACGGUUCAUGAAAAUCUGUUGUGUGUAUGAAAGCUCUUCUCAAAGAUAUUUCCAUUAUUUCACCUCUGAUUAAAACAUGACCUGAUACUCUUCCCAUGGUUAACAUGUUCAAUGAAAUGGGAAGUGCACGUGACCUGAAUACAGUUGUUUGUGUAUCAUCUUGUCUUUAACCUCUCUUGAGUCCAGUAACAUUUUGGUGUAUAUUCAACAUCUAAUGACUGAGAAGUUUCAUCUGGCGGCUUAAGACGAGGAUGGAGGCGCUGGUGAAAUCUUUGUUUAAGCUGACUUGCAAUGUGAUUUUGUUAGCAAUGUGUUUUUGAGAACUAAUUAUUUAAUUGUUCUUUUGCUUGUUGCCUAAUUAGAAAUACCUUUAUUAUUAUUAAAAAAAAUGUUGUUUCAUAUUCUGUCGUUUGCACUGACAACUCUUUUAAGCACCUCCUGUGAGAUGUUUUAGAAUCUGU